AUGGCCGAGGCCGCGGAGCUGGAGGGGGCCCCCCUAGGUCCCCAGGGGCCGCUUGAGGCCGCGGUGCCUCUGGCAGAGAAACCUGGCGAGCCGGGGGCAGCGGGCGGGAGGGCGGAGCGGGAGGAGGCCAGCGAGGGCGCCGCGGAGGCGCCGAGGGGCGAGGGGGCGGGCGCAGCAGCGACGGUCGCGGUGAACCACGCAGAAGGCACCGAUCCGGACGGAGCGCGCGCGAGCGAGCCGGAGCCGGGCGCGGACAGUGGCCCCGGGGCCGAGACUCAAGGCCCGAGGGCCGCGCAGGGCGAGGCGGAGGCCGAGGAGGGCGCCCCGGGGUGCGCGGAGGUCCCCCAGGGAGAGGAGGUGAGCGGCGCAGAGCAGGUGGAGGAGGCGAGCUCCGACCGCGGCACGCAGGGCGAGGCUUCGAGGGAGAUUCAGGGGGAUUCCGGGGAGACCGAGGUCCCUGGGGCAAAGGAGAAAGCGGAGCAAGGGCCAGAGGAGCCCGGAGGCGGCACGCCGGGGGCGCAGGGGGCCAGCAUGGAAGCCGCGGGGCAGGCGGGAGGGGCGCUGGGGGCCGAGGGUGAACCCCGGGACGGAGGGGAUCUCAGCUCCCAGCCCCAGGUCGAGCCCACCGAGGCCGCCGCGGCGGAGAUUGGGGGGUGCGGCCCCGGGGAGCUUGCAGAGGAGCCUGGGGGUGCAGCGGCGGGCGCCGCCGCCGACGAGGCGGGGGCGACGGGGACAGAGGAGUCAGAGGAAGUGGCCCCCGGGGACUCGAGGGCGGAAGCUGUCGAGGACGGGGACCAGGGUGAACCCCAAGAGGAGAUGGAGGAGGCCGAGGAGGAGAGGCGAGAGCGCGGCGCGGAGGUACCAGUGGAGCCGGUCGCAGCCGGGGCCGAGGAGGAGCCCCCAGACAGCAGCAGCGCGCGGGCAGAGGCGGCCGCGCCAACCCGGGCCGCGGAGCCGGAGCCCGAGCUCAGCAACCACCUGGCGGAGGAGGGCCGCGUCGAGGGUCGGGAGGAGACCGAGCGGGUGAAUGGCGGAGGAGAGGAUGGCGAGACGUCAGAGGAGGGGGCCCCGAGGCAGGAGCACGACAUCACCCUCUUCGUGAAGGCUGGUUACGAUGGUGAGAGUAUUGGGAAUUGCCCGUUCUCCCAGCGCCUCUUUAUGAUUCUCUGGCUAAAGGGCGUUAUAUUUAAUGUGACAACAGUGGACCUGAAGAGGAAACCCGCAGACCUGCAAAACCUGGCUCCUGGAACAAACCCUCCCUUUAUGACUUUUGAUGGCGAAGUCAAGACGGACGUGAAUAAGAUCGAGGAGUUCUUAGAGGAGAAACUAGCUCCCCCGAGGUACCCUAAGCUGGGGACCCAACACCCUGAAUCUAACUCUGCAGGGAAUGAUGUGUUUGCCAAAUUCUCCGCAUUUAUAAAAAAUACCAAGAAGGAUGCAAACGAGAUUUAUGAGAAGAACCUGUUGAAGGCCCUGAAGAAGCUGGAUAAUUACUUAAAUAGCCCUCUGCCAGAUGAAAUCGAUGCCUACAGUACUGAGGACAUCGCUGUUUCUGGAAGGAAGUUCCUGGAUGGGGACGAGCUCACGUUAGCUGACUGUAACCUCUUACCCAAGCUCCACAUUAUAAAGAUUGUGGCCAAGAGAUACAGAGAUUUUGAAUUUCCUUCUGAAAUGACUGGCAUCUGGAGAUACUUGAACAAUGCUUAUGCUAGGGAUGAGUUCACGAAUACGUGUCCAGCUGACCAGGAGAUUGAACAUGCAUAUUCAGAUGUUGCAAAAAGAAUGAAGUGAAGCCAGAGUGUUUUCUGUCUUAUUUUCAGCUGUAUGAGCUAGGCUAUGAUGCGUGUGUGUUCUUUGUGAGUGUACCAUUUGUAUUCCUUCCAAUAACCAUAAUGCCCAUAUUUAAUGAUACUGUAUCAUAGCGAAAUGGUACCUGGCCUUGUGAUUUGUCAAGUCACGUGUGUAUCGGAAUAAUACCAGUACAUAUUGUGACACACACCCCUUGUCCAGUUGAUUUCUUAUUUUACUUCUGUGGCAUUCUUGGACCCUGUAAACCAUUAUAUUAGGGCAUGUGUUUUGCAAUUUAAGUUUCAGAGCAAAUUAGAUUUGGGUUCAAUUCCUCCUCCAAUUUUUGAAAAAAUUAAUCUGUCUCUGAUAGUUUUCCUAAUCGUCACACACAGCUUAUUUUUCUCCUCUAUAGUAGUAGGUUUUUGUGGGUUUUUUUGGAACAAAAAUACUCUUUUUGUAGUCACAAGAUGAUUACAUGCCUAUUUUAAUAUUUUAAAACAAUGUCAGAGAGUAUAAGGAAGGGAUAAAAGAAACCACCUAAAAUGUCACCCCACCUAAAUAAUUGCUGAUAACUUAUCGGUGAACAUCUUCCCUCCCUUAGCUCUUGCAGAUGUUCACUGCACACAACUCCAUUCCUGUGAAGUUGGUGAGGGGAACUGUGGGUGAUGCCUUUGGUGAUCAUCCACAGAGGAUCCAAAAAGAUUUGACCCUGCAGAGCUAGAGAAUGCUUGCGAUUAGGUUUCACAGGUGGAGAGUUGGCGUCCACGGACCCGCAGGGUCCUGCAGGGACCGCGGGGACUGGGAGCUAUGGGAGAUCCCUUCUCUGCCUGGACACCACUUUGGUGAUGCCAGGGGCCUCCUGUCCCAGAACGGCAGUGGAGGAGAGCGCCCAUGGUCGUUUGUUCCAACUUCUUUUUGGAUGCCUUCUCUUGCUCCACCCCCUCUCAUGAGGCCAUGCCUUCAUGGGGACCACUCAACACCAGCUCCCCCUUGGAGGACCCUCCUGUCCUAUGGUGAAAUGCGAAGCAGACACACUUCGAUUCUUUCUAAUGGUCGCCCUCAGACCCAGAGCUGAGCUUCUUUGGUGGUGAUGGGCUGUGGGCCUAGCCUGGUUCUCAUUGCUUCUCCCGCCUUUACAGUGUCAUUUCAAGUUUAGGCAGGGAAAUUCCAGAGAGACUGAAUUUGUGAUGACUACUCUUGGGCAGUUCUGGUAACCAGUCAGGUUGGGGAGGAAGUGGAAACUCUAGGCUGGAGAGUUUUCUGGUUUGUCUGUGGCUUGCCUGCCACCUUGCCCUGCAGCCAGCUUCUCUCUUUAGUGUGUCUGGGCUAGGCUGCCUGACUCCAGCUGAAAGCACGGGAGACAAUGUGGAAGGCUGUGUAGAUAUGCAUCACAACCCCUCUGGGUUUGAGCAUUCUCGAGCAUUCUUGGGGUUACACUCCUUUGAUAUUUACACACAUCUUAUAGAAACCCUCUUGUCCAUUUGGUGGUAGCCUGUGGUUGAUGCUAAAUGCUCAUUAAAAAAUAUGCAUUUGCUUUAUGGGCAUUUAUUUGGAAAAGAAUUUAUUGGAUUUAUUUGGAAAAGAGUAAGAUGCGGGGCACCUGGGUGGCUCAAUGGGUUGAGCAUCCAA